UCCCCACCACUGCUUACCACCUCGACUUCCCCGAACAGAGUCCCAUCUCCUGCAAGAACAAUGCGAGAAAGAAGCUCAUACGAGGGAUUGCCAGUAGAGAGAGAGGGAGAAGCGAUCGAUAUGGAGGGAGAGGUCGUCUUGAGAGAGGAGGAGGCGUCGUCCAACGUGCGGCGGAGGCGGCCGCAGCCCAUGGAGGGGCUGGGCGAGGCGGGGCCGCCGCCGUUCCUGACGAAGACGUUCGAGAUCGUGGAGGACCCGGCGACGGAUCCGAUCGUGUCGUGGAGCGGGGCGAGGAACAGCUUCAUCGUCUGGGACGCCCACCUGUUCUCCACCGCCCUGCUCCCCAAGUACUUCAAGCACGGCAACUUCUCCAGCUUCAUCCGACAGCUCAACACCUACGGUUUCAGGAAGGUCGAUCCAGAUCGGUGGGAGUUUGCCCACGAAGGGUUCUUGGGAGGGCAGAGACACCUCCUGAAGACCAUCAAGAGGAGGCGGCACGUACUGCAGAGCACGCACCAGCGAGCAGGAGGGGCAUGCGUCGAACUGGGUCAUUACGGGCUCAACAGUGAGCUCGAGAGGUUGAGGAGGGACAGGGGCUUGCUGGUGGCCGAGGUUGCGAGGUUGAGGCAGCAGCAGGAGCAGUCGAGGGACCAGAUCUUCGCGAUGGAGCAACGGAUGCAGUAUACCGAGAGGAAGCAACAACAAAUGAUGGCUUUCCUCGCUAAAGCGUGCAAUAGCCCGUUCUUCAUUCGGCAACUCGUGCAAAGAAAUGCUCGUGGAAGGGAAUUGAGAGGAGUCAAAAUCGGGCACAAGCGCCGGUUGACCGCUACCCCAAGCCUGGAGAAUCUGCAAGAUGAGGUCACAGCAGCUGCUGUAGGCCAUGGAGGAGAAGGAGAUGGCGCGAACCGCGAGCAAGAGGAAAUGGUCAACUUGGAGUCGGAAAUGCGGACAAUGUUUUCGGCUGCCUUGGACGAUGAAUCGAGCAGCGAUGUGAAGGAACCGAGCACGGCUCCAAUACCUGCUACGAGAUGCGGCAGCACAGAUGCGGUCAAUCAGACGAUCCUGGAAGAAUUGCUGAGUGAAGAUCUGAUGACCGGGAAUCCAGAAGAAGAAAUAUUGGUCGGUGACCAGCCUGAGAUCGACAUGGAGGCUGAUGAUCUCGCGCCCGGGGGCAGGAAUGCAGGCGAGGGGUUGCAAGACAUUGUAAAUCAAUCGGGUUAUCUCGGGUCGAAGCCGUGACUCCGUCCAGGCUCAUUGCGGCGGAGGAUAAAUUCAUGGAAGAGUGGUGAGAGGCCGCCAAAACGGAUUUAAGGACACAACAGGGUCUCCUUAGUACUUCAUGUCUAGUCACUUUAGUAGCAGUUGGCAGAGGGAGUUGUAUUUUCUGUACAGAGCACUAAAGUAAGGCAGUAUGUAAGUAAAGAUUGCAGCUUUAACUACUAUAACUGUUAGCUUA